AUGCGACUUCUCACGGCUUUCUCGGCCACCCUAUCCACAACUGCAGCAGUUGCUGUGGGCGCACGAGCAGUAACGCCAAUCGCUGCCUCUGACCAUGCUACAACGCCUACCAAGCUCACCUCUGCUCUACCAACCGGUGAUCUCCCAGACCCGGCAACAUUCAAGGCCCAGAACGGCACCAAAUGGAAAAUCGAAUACGUCGGCAACCUCCAGUUCUCCGGCGCCCCUGGCACGGAAGGGCUGGGUGGCGAUAAGUGCCGCAGCAGCGUGUUCGGCGACAAAGUCAUCUGGAACUGCGGCGACAUGGAGUGCGCCGGUGACUGGCGAGUCUGUGGGUUCUCCAUGGGCCCUGCCUUCUACGGUACCGAUUCAGUUAUGGUAGUCAACACCACGGGGAUCGCCCUGGUACAGGACAACGACUUCGCCACUGCGUGGUCCGGCGACCCCGCGCCGCAAGCACCGCAGACAGCGUGGGGCAUGGACACGUCGAACGUCGCUGCCAUCAAUGACACCCACGGCAUCGCAUACGCCUGGGAGAUCUGGCGCGGUGCUCCCGACGGAUCCUUCGUCGACCGCGGCAAUGCUGUUGUGGCCGUCACGCUCGGGGAGACCAAGCCCAUAGCCACGCGCCUGGGGCCAUUGCUCAGCGGCCCGGAUGCCGUGCAGAUGGGCCUUCUGGCAAUCCUGCGUGAUGGCGACCACAUCUACAGUUACUCGAUGGGCGGCCCGUCCGGCAUUAUGGUGAGCCGCGUGACCGCGUCGGAUGAUGCGUUUGAUGCUGCGAAAUACGAGUUCUUGGUGGCCGGGGGAAGCGACAGCCCAACGUGGAAGAUACCUGGCAUUAUCCCUGCCCCGACAUCGACGGAGUAUGGGAUGCAGACGGCGAACGCGGAUGGCAAGUUUGGCUGUAACGUGUACGGCUCCGUAUUCUACUCGAACUACUUGCGCAAAUACACCAUCAUCUGUUCCGCGUACAUGCAUUUUACGAACAUGUAUGUGGCUGAUCAGCCAUGGGGUCCGUGGAGUGCGGAGUAUGGAUUGCUGGAAGGGUGGGGCGCUGGGUACGGGAGCCACGCUCAUCCGGAGUACUCACCAGGCGGAUCGCAUAAGGAGCUUUACUUCUCACAGGGACCGGAUGGGCCGUUCAAUAUGUUUAAAGCAACUUUCGAUUUUUGA